AUGUUUGAAUCAUUACUUGAAAAAGUAUUGAAUUCCGUAUUAGGAUAAUUCAUAGAAGGAUUUGAUGCCUAAAAUCUCCACAUUGGUAUAUGGAGUGGAGAGGUGAUCAUAUCCAAUGUUUCAUUAAAAGCAGACAUCAUCAAAAUGCUGGAAUUGCCAAUCAGACUUUGUUUUAGUCACAUCGGAAAAUUGAAACUAAAUGUAAUUCUAAUAACAAAAACUAUAUAUAGGUGCCAUGGAAGUCGUUAACCAGUUCACCUGUUGAAGUGAUGUUAACAGAUUUGUACCUAAUCUUAUCAGCAGAUCAUCCUGAUUUAUGGUAAUAUAUGAAUUAUGCUGGUUUUAAAAAGAAGAUGGAGAUUCUAGAUAAACUCAAGGAUUCCAUCAUUCAAAAUAUUAACGAUAAAUCUAAAUAAAAAGAUGAUAAAGAGGAUGGAUAUGUGAAAAAACUUGUCUUGAAGAUUAUCGAUAACUUAUAAUUGAGCAUAUCCAAUAUCCAUAUUAGAUUUGAGGAUACAAUCAAAAAUGAAUUUGCAUGGGGAUUUUCAAUCAAAGCUAUUGAAACCUUUACUUGCAAUUCUGAAUGGAAAAAAUAGUAUUUCGAUCGAACCAAAGAAGAAAACGUAUACUAAAUUAUUAUUUAUUUCUUAGAAAAAAGUUCCUCUGCAAAAACUAUUAACGCUUGUCAAUAUUGGAGCCUAUUGGAAUUAACAUGAGAAAAGGUUUUUGAAUUCAUAGGAUAAAGAAGUAAUUCUAAGAGAAAUGGAUGAGAUGAUAAUCUCUACCCCAGAUCCCAAGUCUCAUCCAAAAUAUGGUUAAUUUGUCUUAUUGUUGAAUGCCCAAGGGAGAUUAUUCUAGAAUACUUCUGGAAAGUUUGAUUCUCCAGAGUUUUCCUUAUCGAUUGAAUUGAGUGGCAUUGAUGUUGCCUUAGAAAACUUACAACUCCAAUAAAUAAUAAAGAUGGCUGAACUCUUUUCCUUGUAUCAAAAUAGAUUAAACAAAUAAAAAAAGCAGAGAUUAUAACUAUCAAGCCAAUAAAUUGAAGAUUAAAAAUUAUUAUUUAUUGGUUUAUAUGAAAAAAUACUCAGAUCUCCUGAUUAGAGUAUUAAAGCCUUGACUAAAGACGAAAACGAAUUGUUUGAAUAAUCAGUAAGUAAUUUAAGCAUAGAAAUAUUAUGUGAGACAGCCAAGGAAAUAAUUAAGGUCGUUCAGAAAGAAUUAGCAAUAAAAGAGGCUGAGGAAAAGAAAAAGAAAUCAGGAGGAUGGUUUAGUUGGGGCAAGAAAAAGGAAUCGGAUUUGUUGGAUCAAAAGGAGAAGGAUGAAUUAACUUCCUUUAUAGAUCAAUUGGCGGAUUUUCAAGACAUUAAAGAUAUUAGAAGACCGCCAGAUUAUGUUUGGUUGUCUGUCAUAUUCUCUCUGAAAACAGGGUCUGUCCACAUUCUAAAACAGUUUGAUACGAAGAGGGAAGGAAUUUAAUUGACAUAUUCUGGAUUUGAUGGAAGUUUUGAAAUGAAGGAUAGUGGAAUGCUUAUGAAAAUGGGGUUAUAAUUUAUUGGAAUUGAUAUAGUGACAGAACCCAUUUAGCAAGGAAUUGUGAUGUACAGUGAAUAAAAGAGAAUAGCAUUUUUAGAAUAAAUCAACAACUAGAAGUUUAUAGAUUUCACAUUUGAGACAAAUCCAUCUCAUCAUAAAGGAGUUGAUAAAUACAUCAAAUUAGAAACAGGAGCAUUGAAAUUGAUAUUCAAUCCAAUAGUGAUGGUCAGAAUACAGUAAUUUACAGAUUUCUAGGUGAGUGAUGAAACUCUGAAAAAUGCUGCUUGGGAUCAAAUGGAAAUAGCCUAAGAUUUGGCUGCCUAAUAGAUGGCAUAAUCAUAAUUGUCCCCGUCUAUUUUAUUUAUUGAUUUAAAAAUUAAAUCCACAAUAGUUUUGGUGCCACUUCCAAACUCUAAGGAAAAUUGGCUACUCAAUAUUGGUGAUGUUUCGAUUAUUACACCAAGAAUAGAUGAAUUACAUUAUGAUAAUUUCGAGAUUUCAUUGCAAGAUUUCACAUUCAAACAUUAUAAUUAGAUUGAUUAAUGUCAUCGAUCCAUAUAAUAAGGGAUUUAUCUAGAGAAUGUGGAUGGAUCAUACAGCAUUAUUUAGAACAUUAGAGUAGUAAUAAGAGCGUAGAUUUUGAGAGGUAGUUCUAAGCCUCCAAAAGAAUUACCUUCAAUUAUUAUUGAUGGCGAAUUACCUUAAUUAGAUGUUUUUAUAAAUCCAAGUAUUUAUACUAGAAUCUUAAAAAUUGGAGAAUGCUUUGUUGAACCAAUAAGGGAAACUGAAGAAAUAAUAAGAAAAUAGACUAAAUUGUCGAUAGAAAAUGUUUAGACAGAAAGAACUGCAUUGAUGGAAUCGGCAACUAAAGUAGGGAAGAUAUGGAAAAGAGGGUAAUUAUUAACUUGGAGUUAAUAUACAGGAGUAUUGAGUGGUGGAUACAUUUAUUUAUUCGCAAAGCCUAAGGAUCAAUAGCCUGAAUUUCAUUUCUGGAUUAGAAACAGUGAUUUCAUUGAUGUUAGUGAAUAGGAGGCAGGAAUGAACAAUGCUUUCUACAUUAAGAAUAAGUAUGGGGAUACACUUGUUGCAUUUGAUAAACCAAAGAUGGCCAACGAUUGGAAGGAGGCAAUUGAACUCUUAAGAACUAUGCCUAGAGUGGAAAAAGAGAAGUAGAAUGAUGAAGUAACAAAAGUUUAAAGUGAGAAAACCUAAGAGAGUAGACCAAUGAAUUUUAAAUUUGUAUUAAAGGGUUUUGGGGCACAUUUGCAGGAUGAAAAAUAAUAAGAUUGGUUUAAUGUUGUGAUCAGUGGAUUGAAUGCUGGUGCCAAUUUAUUUGAUGGAUCCAUAAAUCUGGAUUUGAAACUAAGAGAUCUGUAUGUUACUGAUAGUGUGUAGAAGUACAUGAACCCAUUACUUAAGUACAUAGUGAAAUCUGAUCCAGAUCCAGAAUCAAACGAAUUAAUUAAUAUUAAUGUGUAAUAGAUCAGUAAUAAGGACAAAAGAUAUAAUAAGAAGAACCUCAUUAUAGGUGUGACAUUUGGAUCAUUGUCAGUUAUUGCCAAACCUCUAGUUGUAGCUAGGUUGUUAGUCUUUAUAACACCUACUGAUAAUUAGGCAGAGGAUAUGCAGACUUAUUAAGGAAAAGACGUUGAGAAAUAGUAAUAGGACUAAGCUAAAAAGGAUUUGGAAAAUAAUUCGCAACAUUAGAAUGUAAAUUUCGAUAACAUGCAAGACAUUAUCCUAAUGGAUGUCAAUGUAAAAAUCAGGAGUAUUAAUGCCAUCCUGGUUCAUAGAUUCACUACUCUACCAUUGGCAGAGGCUAAAAUUGAAAACACUGAAAUUGGAUUAAUCAAAUAUGUAGAUGAAAUGUAAUUGAAUGGAUCUCUUGGUAAUCUACAACUGUUUGAUCUUACAAACUAUCCAAAUACUUUGAGUAAAGAGUCUGAAUACACUCUCAUUAAUCCGAAAUAAAUGAUUGGAGUUAAGCAUCAACAACAAUCCUUAUUGAAGGUUAAGUUAAACUUAUUUAGUGAAGGAUCCAAGAAGAUUAUCAACAAUGUUAAUAUAAUAAUCAAUGUAGAUAUGAGCUAAUUAAUCAUUCACGUAAUGAUGUAACCUGUAUUGAGAUUGCUUGAUUACACUUUAUAACAAUUAUUGUUUGCCUUAUCUAAUCCAAAAUAAACCAUUAAUCCAAUUGUAAAACAGAAGGAAGUGGAACUCGAUCAGGAGAUUGAUUAAUAUCAUUAGACUAGAGCUUAAACAAAAAAAGCAUAGACAAUUUUAUUGUCAGAAGAUGAAUCUGCGUAUUUGAAUAAGCAAUUGUAAAAUCCACCUGCUAUGCAACUAAAUGUAGUCAUCAAUAACCCUUAAGUUAUCUUAAAACCAAAUCAGGAAAGUAGUGCUGCUAUGGUAAUUGAUCUUGGCACAAUACUUGUAUCAAAUUAAAGAAGGAAGGUCACAAACAGAAUUGUAACAAAAGAUUAACAAUUUCCUGUAUGGGUUGAUGUGUUUAUAUUGAAUAUGAAAGAUAUCUAAUUAUAUCAAUAGAAUGGAUAAAAUAAAAGGGAAUUUAGUUUGCCUUUCGAUUUCAAUAUUAGUGUUGAGAUCUUUGGAAUGUUGUAACAAUAUUAGUUAUUCUAUCCAAAGAUAAAGUUUGAUGAGAAAUUAAUAAUCAAUUGCUUCAUUGCCCCAAUGAUUCUGUAAAUGACUCAUUCAGAUUAUAUGUUUCUGAUGAAAUGUUUAUUUCACAACAUCGCUUAUGACGAUGGAUUUGAUAAUAUGAUCAGAAACAAUCACCCCCAAUAUUUCCAAACAUUCUUUGAACAACAGAAGCAGUAAGAGAUUAAACUCAAGGAGAUGCUUCUAACUAAGAAUAGUGAUGCAUAACUAUCAUUCUAAUUGGAUUUAGAGAAUUUUAGCAUAUUUCUAUUAAAGGACAUCCAACCUAAACCUACUCCCUUUCUGAGAAUGAUGCUCAUAAUGAUGAGGGUUUCAUUUUAGAAGUGUAAUAAUGGAUCUGCCAUAGUGGACCUUAAGAUAAGAGAUUUGGAGGGUUCUAAUUUUGUUGUGGAGAAAACAGGAUUAUUUAAUGAGUUGCCUUUUAUUGGAAGUAUGAAUAUUCAAUAGACAUAUUCUUAUGAACAAGUUACUAAUUUAAAUGGAUUGGUAAGAGGGAGAUAAGGAACUUUGAGUAAUGCAAAUUAGAUUUUGAAUAUGGCAUCACGAGGAUUGCUAAGUUAAGGACAACAAAGAUAAUUGAUAUUCAAGUUUGAAGAUGCCUAUCAAUAGAUUGAAGACAAGCCACAAUAUAAAUUAGAAUUUAACCUUUAAAUGAAAAUAACAGGUGAUAAAGAGAUCAUUAUUGAAUUAUCAGAUUUUAAGUUAUAAUUACAUGCUGGUCCUCUUUUCGAAGUGUUGGCACUAAUAGCUAUGGAUGAUCCUGAAUUAACUCCAAAGCCUGGAAAAUAUGUGAUUGCAUAACAAUAAAUACAAUAAAGCAUUUAACAAUAACAGGAUUAAAUAUAACCACCUUAAGAGCCAUAAUAAGGUAGUUUGGAAAUUACUGUCAACUUAAAAAAUGUAAUAACUUGUAUACCCACUUAAAUAGAAUAGAAUGUGUUGACAAUAAGAGGAAUUUUUGAAAUAAAAAUGAAGAUGGCUCCUCAAAAAUCCCUUAAAGAUGUAGAGAAGGAAAUCAAAUAAAAUAAUAUUCCUGAAUCUGAUUGGCCUAAGUUAAAUGAAACUAUGUAUAUUAAGGCUACCUUAGAAAGAUUGGAGAUUUUCCUGUGUAAGAGCUAUGAUUUAAGUAAGAAGGAUGACUUUAAGUAAGUUAAGAAGAGAGAAAUCUUAAAUCCAAUUACCUUAGAAGUUACGUUGAAAAAAUAAUCGGUGAUAUUAUAAAACUUUUAAGGGUUUGCUGAAUUGACUGAUUUGAGUGGAAGUAUAACUCCAAUAAAUUUAAAGGUAUCCUUCUAAGAUCUUUAUACUAUCAAAGAAGGAUUAAAUUAUUAAUUGAGUUAAAUGCCAAAAUAACCUGAAUAAUAAUAAUUAUAACAAUAAGGUAUAAAUCAAGAAAAGAAAAACGAGGAAAUUUCUUAAUUGGAUGCUUCUAAUCUAAAUAAAAUGUAAUUGAGUGCAGUCAAAAUUGACUUGGAUAUAGAAAAAACAAAAAUCAUAGUCUUGAAUGAUAUGGGUAAUUGCUAUUCACCAUUAUUUGAUUAUGAAAUGGAUACAAUCAAAGUGACACUAGACAAAAAUAAUCUAUUUCUCAAAAUUUCAAUUACAUUACCAUUUAAAUUGAGUAAUUUCAAUCCUUUGUGUUCAAAGUGGGAGCCUAUCAUUGAAAACACUGGAUUUUAAAUAGAGAUCUUUUAAAGUUAUAUCUAAGGUUUGGGAGGAGAUAUAAGCAACUUGAUCACCAUUGAGCAAAUGAAAGAUUUUGAUAAAUUUAAUUUGACUCUAUCUACAGUUUGCAUCUAAACAGUAUUGAGAGCUUUGAAAAUCAUGGAAAAGAUAUUUAAUAAACAAUAACAACAGGAUGUACAUUAGAGUGUUUUAAAAUCAUUUGGAGGAGGUACAGAUGAUGACUCAUCUCAUUCAGAAGACAAUAUAAUUUAAGUAUCACCCUAUUCCAUAAAAAAUCUAACAGGUUAUCCUAUAGUAGUUGAGUUUAUUGACAAUUUGAGAUUACCCUCUCUCAAUAUACACAUCAAUCAACAAUAGAAUCUGAUUUUUGACGAUGAAAUAGAGAGGGCUAGCUCUGGACAAAGAAGAGUAAAUGUAACUAUAAAAGCAGAUAAAGUGCCUUUUCCAAUUAAACUAAUUGAUUUGGAUAAAAUAUCAGCCAAAUUAUUUGAAUAAGACAAUCUUCAAGCCUUUGCCAGUGUAAAAUUGGAUUAGUUGACAAACUAAAAAAUUUUGAGUUUGCAUGCUCCAGUUGUAUUAGUGAAUAAAACCAGCAAAUCUAUCAUUAUAUCAAUUAGUGAUGACAAACACUAACAAACUAUGAAACUGAGUCAAUAAAAAUUAGAUCAAGAUUUGAGUCACAUGGCUCCUAUUCCUUUGGGAUUUAUGAAUCCUAAAAUUGCAAUAAGAUUUAGUGAAUGUUAAGAUUAUACAGAGGAUAUUCUUGUGGAAUCUUUGAUAAAAUAACAGGACAAGAAUAUUGAAAUAGAGACAAGAGAUGGAUAAUAUAUAUUGGUUAAGGUGAAUAAAGACAAUGACAAUUAAGGAAAGUUUGAAUUAGAACUACAAACUCCAUUCAGAAUCACUAACUCAUUGCCUCUAGAUAUUUUUAUCCAAAUGAUGAACCACAAUAAAGAAACAACAUUUACAAAAAAGAUUUGUCAAUAGUAAACAAUAGAGGACUAUUAACAUGGUCAUUAUAAAUGCAGUUAUCUUAGAGUAUAUAUAGAAGGAUAUUAUUGGUCUGACGAGUUUAAGUUGUAAGCUGCAGAAGAAUUACAGUAAAAAAACGAUGAUUGUGUUUCCAAAUUAACAUUGAAUGAUUCAAAUAAUAAUCCAACUACAUUAUUAAUAUUUGAAUCUUAAAAAUAAUAGGAUUAUGCUAAAUUGACAAGAGAAUAUGUAAUUCAUUGUUCUGGUUACAUUAUCAAUAAAUCUGGAAUCCCAUUGAAAUAUUUUACUAGUAAUAAUAAAAAUGAUUUGACUCCAUUAGGAGGCAUGGAAUCUAUAAAUACUGGAGAUCCAUUGAAUAGAUAAAUAGUACUUUUGGGCACAGAAUCUGGUAACAUCUUAUCAUUGAGUCAUACCUCAACCAACUAAAAAAUAUCUUAAUUCCCUAUAUAGAUUUCAACAUUAGGUGAACCCGAAAUAGAUGUAAUCAUCAGUAAUGAGGAAGAUACAAAUUAAUUACUAUAAACCUUUUUGGGUGCUAAAUUGGAAUUAGGAAGAUGCAACAAAAAAUACACAUUAUUCAACAAAAUUAUUACACUCGAACCCAGAUUCAUCAUUAUUAAUAAUUGUAAUUAGGAUAUAGUAAUUGCGUCAGACGAGGAUCUCUUUUCUUAAUGUGUACCUUCCAAUCAAAGAAUAAUAUUCUAAUCUCAUUAUAAUUCGAAAACUAAAGUUAGGAAUCCCUGUUAGUUCAUCAAUAUGAAUUUAAGCAACAAUGAUUAUCAAAGCAGUAGUAGAUUGAAUAUCAGUGCUAUUGGGAUUCUUUAUUAUUAACUGAGAAGGAAAGAUAAACCUAAAGAGAGAUUAUACUUUAGCUGUGAUAUCCGCUAAGAAGGAUGCAGUCUUUAUAUUAUAUUCAAUUAAUUGCCUUAAGAUCAAGCACCAUAUAAAAUUGAAUUGCCAGUUGAAAAUCUAGAGUUGGAAAUCCCAGAAUUAGAUGUGAUACUGAACUAAAACAAUUAAGUUACUUAUUUUGCCUGGGAUGAUCCAUAGAGAUUAUAAAAAGCAUUGGGUGUUGAGUUGAGAAUCAGGGAUGAUCCUAAUGGAGAUUACAAACCUCUCAAAUAUACCUUAUAUCCAGAUCAUAUUGGACUAUUUCAAGUUUAUACCUUUAGACCUCCAAAAGGAUCGAAAGCAGCUUUAAUCUCAGUUGCAUUAUCAAUUCUCCCUAAAGGUUGUUAGAAGCAGAUUCAAAUUACCACAGCCACUCAGGAACAAGUCAAGAUGGCUAAACUUAAGCCAAAACAAGAUUUCUUAAGACAAAUAAAAUAACAGAAUAGUUUAGACAAUGAAGAUGAGGAUGAAUCAAGAGCUCAAUCAGUCUCUUUACAAUCAAGAUAGUCCAUCUCUGAGAAUAGUGACAAGAUUGAAAAUAGAAUCAAUCUAAAACUCAAUUCUUUUUCUUUAUCCAUAGUUCAUAAUUCAGACGUUAAAAGAAGACCUGCUGAAUUCUUUCAUUUCACUUGUACUAAUAUAGAGUUUGUAACUAUUUCUACAGUCUUAAACACUGUAGUGUAAUUAAGAGUGUAAUAUAUUAAUUUUGAUCACAAUGCUGAAUUCUUUGUGCAAUAUCCAGUAGUAAUUACACCCUAAAAGUAUGCCUUGUAUCAUGUUGCACCCAAAUAAUAAUAAUAAUAACAAUAACAACAAUAAUAAUAAUAAUAGUAAUAGUAAUAAUAGAGUGAUAAGUAUUUCUUUAAUGUCAUGAUUAUAAAGGAUAAUAGAGUGUCUGACAUUAAUUUGUUCUAAAACAUCACCUUCGAAGUAGAUCCUUUUGAAAUUAGAGUUGAAUAGUUGUUUAUAAGCAACCUCCUAGAAUUCAUCUGGGCCAUCACUUCUUUCUAAGGUUAAAUCUAUGAAUUAGAUAAGAAUUAAUCUGGAAGCUUUCUCAUGGAGAAAUAAUAUCAAGUAUUGAAAUAGGAAGAAGAAAAGGAAAUUGAAUACAACAACCAAAAAAAUAUGCAGUCUUUCGUUUAAUUUGAUGAAGAAUGGAGAACAAAGAAAUUACCUGAUCCACAAUUGCCGACUUACAUUAGUGAAAUUAUCAUAUCCCCUAUUAAAUUGAACUUAACAGUUUAGAUGUCUGGCAAAGGUGACUUAAAUAUGGGUAAACUUGCUAUCUUUGCUUCAGUCGCUCAAGCUGUUGGAGUCGUACUAUCGGAUAUCAGUGAAGCCCCAAUCUUCUUUUAAGGAUGGAAAAUAGAGAACUGUUUUGAUACUGGCUCAGGUAUAACGAAUAAAAUGAUUCAAUUUUAUAAAUAGGAAGGAAUCAAAUAAAUUGGAUCUGUUAUUGGAAGUUUGUCAAUCAUAGGUAAUCCUAUUGGCUUAUUGAAUAAUAUCUCCACUGGAUUCAAGGACUUAGUUGAUAAGCCAGCAGCAGGUUUUACUCAAGGACCCUUGGAGGCUGGAUUAGGAUUAGCCUAGGGAGCUACUUCAUUAGUAUCACAUACAAUUGCAGGAGCAUUUAGUUCAGUCAAUAAGAUUACAGGUAGUGUUGGAAGUGGUCUCGCUAACUUGACAAUGGAUGAAGAUUAUUUAAGAAAGAGAGAGAAGUAAAAAAUGCACAAACCAAAACAUAUUGGCGAUGGACUUGGAUAAGGAGCUAAAUCAAUCAUGACUGGAAUUACUGAUGGAAUUACAGGAGUAUUCUUAAAGCCAAUCAAAGGAGCAAAGGAAUAAGGAAUUAAAGGAGUAUUCACAGGAACAGCUUAAGGACUUGCUGGUUUAAUCAUAAAACCAAUAACAGGAGUACUAGAUGGUAUGUCUCAAGCAGCUGCAGGAAUAUAAAAUACUGUCUCAUAUUUCGAUGACAAACCUAAUAACAACAGAUCAAGAAAUAUUAGACCUGUCUAUGGAUUAGAAGGAUAUAUAACUGAUUUUAAUUCAAUUGAUGCAGAAGGAUUUACAAUGAUCCACUUUUUGAAGGGUGGAAUUUUGCAAAAUGACCGAUUUGUCGCUGCCUAUCUAAUUGUUCCUGAUGCCAAAGAGCCAGAAAAUAAAUUCAUGUUGGUUAUUACAUUUGAACAUUUUAUUUAUAUGUCAUUCAAGACCAAGAAAAAAGUAAAAUAUUUAUUAGAUAUUCUUAUAGGUUUGGAUUCUAGAGACCAAUGAAGUGACUCAUUUAGAAAUAGUUCCAUCUGGAAUAAAGAUUUAGGUCAACAAGCCUCAAAAAUAAUUAAAGGUAUUAUUAUGUAAUAGUUUAUAGAAUAAAUAUGUGACUUAAAUUCAAUUACUAAAGGAGGAACAAUUAGAAGUCUUCAAAACUAUGUAAGGGGUUAAGGAAGCUUAUGGAGCAAUUUAAAAAUGAGUUAAAUCUUUAUGAAUGCUAUUUAUUUUUUAAUAAGAUUAAUAAAG